ACACGUGAGCGCAUUUCUCAGGCCUGGAGCUGGAUAUGAACUCUGAUGUGGAGUACGGAGGCUCGGGCAGCAGCGGGAACGGCAAACUGCGCCAAUGGCUCAUAGACCAGGUGGACAGUGGCAAAUAUCCGGGUCUCGUGUGGGAGAACAACGAGAAAAGCAUCUUCAGAAUCCCCUGGAAGCACGCGGGCAAACAGGACUACAACAGGGACGAGGAUGCCGCGCUCUUUAAAGCCUGGGCUCUGUUCAAAGGGAAGUUCCGCGAGGGCAUCGACAAACCGGACCCCCCGACCUGGAAGACGCGCCUGCGCUGCGCGCUCAACAAGAGCAAUGACUUUGAGGAGCUGGUGGAGCGCAGCCAAUUGGACAUCUCAGACCCAUACAAAGUGUACCGCAUCAUCCCAGAGGGAGCUAAGAAAAGGCCCAGACCCGAGGACAGUCCCCUGAGCCCUGUGCUGUAUCCAGUGCAGCCUCCGUACCCUCUGCAGACUCCGAUGCAGCCGUACAUAUCGUCUCCAGACUGUGGAUGGAGGGACUACUGUCAGGACCAGGAGCUGUCCUAUGCCCAGUGUCCCUUUCCCCCACAUGGCCUGCAGUGGACAGCAGCUUCUCCCAUGAACAACGAGUACCAAAUACGAGCCUCCUUCUAUUCAUUAGGUCCAUCUGAUGGUCAGCAGCUCCCCAGCAUAAGACCUACAGAUCCUCUCACAGACCCCCGCCUUCACGUGUGUGUGUUCUACCGGGACACACUGGUCAGGGAAGUGACCACCACUAGUGCAAAAGGCUGUCAUAUCUGCCCGUACAGCCCAGAGGAGAAGCACUUCCUGCCUGCAGGAGGACCAGAGCUAGUGCCCCUCCCUGUCAGGUGCAUGUCACCACACAGCUCAGAGGAGAGCCCCCCCACACCUCCUGCCAGCCUGGAACAAGGGGUGCUGUUAUGGAUGGGCACUGAUGGACUGUACGCCCAGAGACUGUGCCAGGGCAGGGUGUAUUGGCAGGGGGGGCAGACCCCAUAUGGAGACAAGCCCAACAAGCUGGAGUGGGACGUGCCCUGUCGACUGCUGCACACACAGGACUUCAUCUCAGAGCUGCAGAGUCUCGGGCUGCAUGGGCGGCCACUGCCUCGCUUCCAGGUUGUGCUCAGUUUUGGUGAUGAGUGUCUGGACCCACAGAGACACAGAGGGUCCCUCACAGUCCAGGUGGAGCCGCUGUUUGCAUACCAGCUUCUGUACUGCGCUCAGCAGACCAGCAGCCAUUAUUACCGUGGAUACGAGCACCCAGGACUCGCUGAGCACAUGGCCCACCCAGAGGACUACCAAAGACCCCUCACACACCACAGCAGCAGCCUGCAGGACUGACCUCUGCUGGACCAAGAGACUCAAAACUACUGAAAAGACAGGAAUAUGGACAGUAUUAGUGUGUUUUUGGUAUGUGUUUUAUAAAGUGAACUUCUGGCUUCAUGAAGAAGAGCUAAUGCUCUAUGUACAUAAAAAGGGAGUGGCCACAUGCACAGCAGGCUGCCCCAGUGGCAUUGAAUGAGUCUCUAUAUGGGACAAUAAGAUUAUGAAGUGUACCUCAACCAUACAGUAUUUUAAUAUUUCACCAAAAUGCCACAAUAGCCUUUGUGCUUCAAACGCUGCCUUGUUGUCUUACGUUACAUUGUUGUACAAAGACAUUUUUAUGAGACACUAUAUUUACAAAAUCUAGUUGGAAAAUGCAAUGACCUGAGCCAAUGAAACAACUCAGGGAACCUUAUAAGCUUUGUCAUUUGUAUCAAUUCCCAUGAUAUUUUCCAAUGUUGUAUCUGAGAAGUGUAUUUCGAUGGACUGACAAACCUGCUGUAAAGACACCCGGCAAUAAAC